AUGGACGUGAACAAGAAACGCGUGGCCAUCGUCGGAGCCGGCCCGAGCGGGCUGACGGCAUGCAAGCACGUGCUGGCCAAAGGCUUCCGGCCGGUUGUCUUCGAGGCCGCCGACGCCGUCGGCGGCGUGUGGACGCGGACGCUGGCCUCCACGAGGCUGCAGACGCCGGCGGCCGCGUUCCGGUUCUCCGACUUCCCCUGGCCAGCGGACGUCGAGGACGAUGAGUUCCCGCGCAACGACCAGGUGGCGGCGUACAUGGCCGCGUACGCGCGGCAGUUUGGCGUCCUCGAGUCACUGGUGGAGAACUCACCUAUUAUCCCGGCUAGUCAAGAGUUGCCGGUACGAUACCCUGAUGAAUUAGGCAUUGUUCCAUAUCGCGCCAUCUGGGAAUGGCAGUGCUGUAACCACCUCGCCAUAGAUGAUGAUGGUACUCCUUCUUGCUAG